UGCUCAUGUGAUGAUGACGUCAAAACCAGGAAUCGCCAUGUUAGAUGUUGCAGAACCAGGAACCACCGACUUUUUAUAGAUAAAGUGAAAUAAUAAACCCUAGUGUCCAGUGAUAAGCACAAAUACAAUCAGGAUAUAUUCAAUAGUUCAAAGGGACAAUAUAAACUACCAUGUCAGCUGCGGGAGGAGGCGGAGGACGGAAUCAUAAUUUUAAAGUCGUUCUCUUGGGUGAAGGAUGUGUUGGAAAAACGUCAUUGGUUUUGAGAUAUGUGGAAAAUAAAUUUAACGACAAACAUCUGACGACACUACAGGCAUCUUUUCUAGACAAAAAAUUGAAUAUUGGUGGCAAAAGAGUUCAUCUAGCAAUAUGGGACACAGCAGGCCAGGAGCGAUUCCAUGCAUUAGGCCCUAUCUACUACAGAGACAGUAAUGGUGCUAUUUUAGUCUAUGAUAUAACAGAUGAAGAUUCUUUUCAGAAAGUAAAAAAUUGGGUCAAAGAACUAAGAAAAAUGUUAGGUCAAGAUAUCUGUUUAUGUAUAGCUGGGAACAAAACUGACUUAGAGAAAGACAGACACGUCCCGGUAGCAGAUGCAGAAGAAUAUGCAGCUUCAGUUGGAGCGAAGCAUUUCCACACAUCAGCAAAGCUCAACAGAGGGAUUGAAGAGAUGUUCUUAGAUGUUAGCAAAAGAAUGCUAGACAAAGCAGGUGAUGAAAAUCCAAGAAACAGUGUAGGAGGCGGCGGACGACAGUCAACCAGUCGAAAAAAUGUAGUAAUAGUGGAUGACGAUGCACAGCAACACCAAAGUAGUGGAGGAGGGUGUUGUUCUUCAGGAUAAAGAGGAAAGAAAAGCUUCAUGUAUUAUUUCUGUCCUGUCUGAUUGUACUGUGCAAAUACAGUAGUAAGGUCUUGAUUGGCGUUUUUCAAUUGCACACCACCAGGCAGGAAAUUAUAACAGAGGUCUGGGGCCCUUUGAACUGUUUGCUAAAUUGUGAUGACUUAUCCGAAGAAAGGCCUCUCUUUGAAAUCAUGAGGGCCAGCAAGGGUUUUUUGUUAGCCUUGAAUUAUGAAGCAGUAACAAAGUACUGUUUGGUGGACUAUUUUCCUAGAUCAAAUGUUUUAGAUUGUUGUAAACAAUAAUUGAAAUGAACAGUGACAGCUGGCACGUUUCUGUUAAUUGGUGGGAAUGUUGUCAGAACUCUACACUGAAUAGUACACUGCACUUGAAGCUGUGAUUUCCGUUAACUCAUUUACAUGGAAUAUGUAAAUGAAACCAGCUUUGUACACAACAGUUGGAGUUUUAAAAAAUACUUUCCCUCUGAAGUAAAUUGCCUUUUCGCAUGCACUACAUCUGAGACAUGUCGUAUUUAACUAACCUGAAAGUUAAACUGUAGUGAAAGUAUAGGUUAAGAUAGGAAACUCAGCUGUAUACUGUGUUAAAAGUAUCAAAUAAAAUGUACAGAAAAAUUAAGGUUGUACGUCCAAAGUAAUAUGAUGCUACAGCUAAGUAUGUUUUACUGUUUCUUACUACCAAUAUUAUAGCGUAGUUUAGAAACUGCCUGCAGAUUCAUUUGAUCAGCUGCACAGAUGCCAAUAGCCUGCAUUUUGUCAUAUAAACUGUGUGCAGCAAAGAUUUAUGUAACCAAGUAAGUUAUUACGUUAUCCCUAUUAAUUGGUGCGCUAUUGUUUGCCAUCUGUCGCCAUGUGUUGAUUCCUUGGUCGUUGGUUUGAUGAGACAUCCUCUUGCUUUUUUUCUCUGGUUUAGUGUACAGUAAAAGGUUGUUGCCUAGACAAGUUGUACAUGGUUAUUUUAUAAAUAAUAAAUAUAUACAAGUUCAAA